AUGCAUUUUCUCCCCUCUUUGUAUCUGAUGGGAUAUGUUUUGCAAACAUGGACAUUGAAUCCAUGCAACUCUCAGUUCAAACUAAACGGUGAUUAUUUGAUUGGUGGACUUUUUGACAUUCACGUCAGUAGCUCUAUCACCCAUGAGAGACCAGAAGCCAUUCACUGCUCAAGUCAAGCCUUCAGUCUGUCAAGUUAUCGAAGGUUUCAGCUGAUGAGAUUUUCUGUGGAGCAGAUCAAUAACUCAAGUGAACUCUUGCCAAAUGUGUCUUUGGGCUACAAGAUAUUUGACCACUGUUCAAUUUCGAAGAAUUUCCCGGGUAUCUUUGACCUUAUUUCAGCCAAUGGAUCGAUCAAACCAUGGAGUGAAGAAAUCCAGCAUGUGUCUUCAGCCUCUAAAAUUGUCGGAGUGGUGGGCCCUUUUACAAGCACAGACGUCUUGACUGUAGCGCCACUCUUCGUGAUGGAUCUCAUUCCACUGGUCAGCUAUGGAGCCGCCAGCUCAGCCUUUUCAGAAAAAGCUAAAUAUUCAUCUUUCCUGCGGACUGUACAUUCCAAUAAGGACAGCAUCAAAGUCAUUGUUGCUAUCAUGGAACACUUCAAAUGGCAAUGGGUGGCCUUCCUGAACAGCAAUGAUGCAUAUGGCAAUGAUGGCCUCGCACUCUUCAGAAGGAUGAUUAAGGAAACUGACAUUUGUCUGGCUCUUGCCAUAGAACUAAAACAAAUGUCAAAUUACUCAGACAUGUUCCAUCAAAUAGAAGUACAAAGGAUUAAAACCAUUGUUGUUUUUGCGCCCAAAUUACUGGCUGAGGCUCUUAUUGAGUCAGCAGUACAGUUAGGUGUCAAAGACAAGGUGUGGCUAGCUGUGGACACAUGGUCCUUAAAUGAGAAGCUCCCAAAGAUGAAAGACAUUCAAAAAAUUGGAACAGUACUGGGGGUGUCUCAGCCUGUGUUGACAAUUCCUGGUUUUAGUGAGUUUGUCCUUGCUUCCCAAAGCAAAAGCCAUUGUGAUGAUGCGGAGGGACUUCAACUUUGCAAUCAGAUUUGCAACUGCUCUAGUCUUAGUGUACAGGAUAUCAUCUCGUUGGACCCCUCCUAUUCUUUUUCUGUUUAUUCGGCUGUAUAUGCCGUUGCUCACGCCUUACAUAAUGUCUUGAAAUGCGAGAAACAUACCUGUCAAGGAAAUAGUUCAGUUCUUCCUCACAAGGUUCUGGUGGAACUAAAGAAGUCAAACUUUACACUGUUGAACCAGCACAUUCAGUUUGAUGAGCAUGGAGAUCCCAAAUUUGGAUCUUAUUCCAUUGUUUUGUGGAACAAGAGUGGUCAUAUUGAGGAGAUCGGGUUAUACAAAUUUGAGUCCUCAUUUAACUUUGUUAUUGACGAGACCAAAAUUCGGUGGCACGGAAACUUCAAGGUGCCGACGUCACGAUGCUCUGAUUUAUGUCCUGUUGGAUUUGCAAAGAAGCAAGAUGGAAUUCAUAAGUGCUGCUUCACCUGUGAGGAAUGUCCUUAUGGAACCUACAUCAACAUCACAGAGAAUGCAUAUAAGUGUGUGGACUGUAAGGAGACAGAGUGGUCUUAUGAAGCCAGUACAUCAUGCACCCUGCGAGAAGUGGAGUACGUUUCAUUUGAGGACAGCACUGCUAUAUUAAUCAUUGCAGCCACCGUGCUCUUGCUGGGCCUGGGAGUCGCCGUGAGUGUUAUCUUUGCCUUCAAUUACAACACACCAGUUGUCAGGUCCGCUGGCGGCCACAUGUGCUUCCUCAGUUUAGGCUGCCUCAGUUUGAGUAGUCUGAGCAUCAUCUUCUUUUUUGGCAAACCCUCAAUCUUCUCAUGUAUCUUACGUUUCGUGCCGUUUUCAUUGCUUUUCUCCAUGUGCCUUGCGUGUUUUUUGGUGCGUGCCUUCCAGAUUGUUUGCAUUUUUAAAAUGGCUGCCAAGUUUCCCAAGCUACAUGGCUGGUGGAUGAAAUAUCAUGGACAGUGGCUCGUUGUCACAGGGACGUUUGUAAUGCAAUGUGUCCUGAAUUUGACUAGCCUUUUGAUUGCCACCCCCAUUCCGUACAAUGAAACCAAUUGGGCUCGAGACAAAAUCAUCCUCAGCUGUCACAUCAGCACAGAGGCGGCCACGGGUCCGACUCUAUUGGUUAUGUGUUUGUGCACUCUUUGCUUUGUUUUUUCCUACAUGGGGAAGGACCUCCCCAAAAACUACAAUGAAGCCAAAGCAAUAACCUUCUGUUUGCUACUGCUCACCCUCACCUGGAUGGUCUUUGUCACUAUUUGGGUGCUCUACAGGGGCAAGUUCAUCCAAACACUGAAUGCUCUGGCAGUGCUCUCCAGCCUCUAUGCCUUCCUCUUGUGGUAUUUCCUCCCAAAAUGUUAUAUCAUCCUCUAUCAACCUCACAAAAACACACCUCAGUACUUCCAAGGUAUAAUCCAAAAUUAUACCAAAACAAUUAGCCAGUAG